AUGGAGCAGAAUCAGAAAUUACAAAGAAAGGUUGAUACCCAAGGAGGGCGAUUGGAAGCUCAAGAGAAGCAGAUACAGGAACUUAUUAGGAGGACGGAUGACUUGAAGGCAGAAGCCCUAAGAGGGCGUGAGGUGCAGGGUCUGAUACUGAGAGACGCUCGAUUGGAUCAUGAAAGGCUUAACUCGCAGGCCCAUCUGAUAGGGGUCAUUCAGGAUACAUAUGUGCUUUGUAGGUUAUUUAAGAAAAGCGGCGCAGAGUAUGGUGCACCGUUCAAUGAAGAUGAGUGGGAUGAUGAUCUGGUCAGUAGCAUUGAUUCUCAAGCCGUUGUUGGUCUAGUUGGUGUUUCCAUCACAACAGAUCGUAAACAGACUGAACCAGGGUCAUCUAUUGUCACAAUUUCUGCAACGGAGCCUACAAGCACACUAAACUACAAGCAGGAAGGUUUAGCUACAACAAACAUUGCGGAACCAUGUACAUCUGGUGUCACACUUUCUGCAACCGAACCCACAAACAUUGCUGAACCAGGUACAUCUGGUGUCACACUUCCUAACGCUCAAAUUUUGAAGUCUUUAUCUGUGGAGUCCAUAACAGAGGACCCUGAGACUCCAAUUUUGAUGGAGUCCAUACCAGAGGUCCCUAUGUUUCCAAUUUUGAAGAUGAUACAUGUGUAUGCUAAUGAUCCCUGUUUCCUACCUCCAAGUUUUGGAAUCCUAGACUUGGAUUAUAUAAGUCUAAACCUAAUCCGUGAUCCAUAUCUUUUUCUAACCAUUGAAUCCUCGGAUUCUACUUCUACAACGGAUCCCGAUUUGGAAGACUUAAAUUAUCCAAUGAAACCUUCAGUGUUGUAA